CUCUCUCUCUCUCUCUCUCUCGGAAGGACACAAUUCGCCCUCCUCAGUCACUCUCUGAAAAGUUCCCCAUGGCGAUGUCCCGCGGUCGAAUUCCACCUCGGGGUUGGCGCGGGGAACGUGGGUUGCACAGUAUUAUUGCCUUCCUCGCUUAUUGCGCCUGUCUCUACGUCUAUGGAAGCCUUGCCACCGUGAGCGUCCGCGGGCGAGAAGUGAACGGCAUCGUUGGACAGUCUGCCCUUCUCCCCGGUUCCUGCUGCACACCCACCCUCUGCUCCUUGCAACAGGUGGAGUGGUAUUUGUACCCCGGCCAAACCCCGCUUGUGCAACUGACCAGACAGUGCUCUCCACUUCCCGACGGACCCGGUUGUAAUUGUUCAGAUCCCCCCCCGUUUAUCACUCCUUCCCACAAAGGACGAGUCCACCUCUACCCCGACAAUGGAUCCUUGUUGCUGUGGGAUUUACGGUCCAAUGACAGCGGAGUGUACGUGAUCACCGUUUACUGCGGUGGGAACAACACCGUCAGAGACAAUGUGUCGUUAACGGUCCACAACGGGACAGAAAAGGAGAACUCUACUUCCCCAACUACACCAUCACCACUGGGCGAGACGUCCUCCACACAUCGGUGGCCCAUUUGCCUCGGCGUGAUCGUUGUCGUCGCCAUCUGCUUGUCCCUGAUGAUGACCAGGAUGCACAGGGGUUGUGGUUGUAAGUCGGACACAACAGAAAAGAUUGCCGAGUCUAAUGCAGUUUCAUGGGAGGAGCUGGAUGAGAACAAAGAUCAGAAUUCACACGGUGACAUCACAUACUCCCUUCUGUGGCUUCCUUUGCCUGACAGCCCGAAAGCAACACAGGGACACGAGACACACAUUAUUUACUCUGCUCCACGCAAAGUACGGUGAGAGUGGAGUGCCUGAUGUAGCUGUGGGUAACAGAACUAUAUCUGCUCACUGCACCUGCAGGAAAAGAUGAAUAGUCAGGGAGAAAUAUUGGAAGGGGAUAAAUGUGACAAUGAGGCCUUCUCAAAGAAUGGUGCUGAAUAAAGACAACAGCCAGCUGGUCAGGCAGCACCACUGGAGGGAGAAGUGGAAGUACCUGAUCUUGAGAAUGGUCACAUAUUUGCAGCACUUUGGUUUUAUAAGCUAUGAAAACAUGAGGAUCUUGUGAAAUGGAUCCUGUGACAGGAACACUGUCCUUGUUGGGGCAUCGUGUAGCAUGUGGAAUGACUAGAAUGGUCAGUGAUUACUUUAAACCGGAACAACCCACAAUACAACAGUCAGCAACCAGGAAAGCUGAGGAGGCCUCUUUGGUAAGAUUCCGGAAAUGUAACUCUGGUGUAAGUCCAUAGAUGCUGCCUGGCCUGCUGAGUUCCUUCUGCAUUUCCUGUGUGUUGCUGUGGUCUGCUGGUUCCUGAUGCAACAGACAGAUGAAAAGUGUAAUAUUUUCCUAUUUGUUAGCUUAUUUUGAAGUGUUUAUCAUGUACAUUAGUUUUGCUGUCAUUCUCAUAAUAAUAGUGUUUUAAAAGUUGUUCAUUUUUUAUUGGAAACUGCUGCAUGUGACUAUAAACUAACCUGAAUACUAUGUGCAUUAGCUCUGUAUUAUAAACACAAGAGAUGCUGGAAAUGCAAUGUAACACAUACAACAUUCUGGAGGACCUCAGCAGGUCUAGUAGGAUCCAUGGAGAGGAGGAAAUGUUUUGUCAGACCCCUCAUUAGGUCCUCACAAAAGGCAUCAGACUGAAAAAUUUGACUGUUUACCGUACUUCUGUCCAUUUGUGCUGCCUGGCCUGCUGAGUUGUUCCAGCACUUUGUCUGCAUAUAGCUCUAUCAAUAUGCUGUCAGCUCAACUAAAAACAUGCUGUGAUGGUCAGUAAAUGGAAUGUUCACUGUCAGAACAAAAUUAUGCUUAAAAUGUGAGGUCAAGUUCAUGUUAAUCAUUAAUGGGCAUACUUGUGUAUAACCGCCAUGCUUUAUGUAGCAGUAUAUUACAAACAUGGCAGACAUAGAUUAAAUAAACUUAAAUGAACAAACUAAAUGAAUAUACGUGGUGGUGUUGGAUGGAGACACUCAGGCUGGAACAGACUGAACACUUACUAUUCUGAGAACCUGCUGACAGAAGCAUGGGAAAGGAAACAGUGUCAGAUAUGGCUCAACAGAGAUAGGAACAGAAGGAGGAGCUGACACGUCCUCUGAAGCAAGUGUUGUCUGUGACUGAAUUCUAGAUAAAUAGCUGAGGGUGCUACUUAAAAAGUAGCUCCGCCUUGCAAGAAAGUAAAUGAGAGAAAUAAGGAACUUCAGAAGAAGAAAUGGACCUCAUGAUGACUCGGGCAGCAAAUGUACUUCCAAAACAGCAGGGAUAAAGCUAUCAGUUAGACAGCAGGAGUGUAAACAUAGUGAGGUCAAGAUAUGGGGUGAAAGAGAGAGGAGAUAGAAAGAGAUGGAGAGACAGAGAGACAGAAGAGAGAUACAGAGAAGGAAGCAGUGUUUGAGAAAGAGAGGAAGAAAUGAGAGGGGGUGAGAGAGAGAGAGAGAGAGAGAGAGAGAGAGAGAGAGAGGGGAGAGAGAGAGGGAGAGGGAGGGGGAGGGGGAGAGAGUGAGAGAGAGACAGAGAAAGAGAGAAACCAGAAAAAAAGGAAUUCAAUGUCAAUGGGAUAUAACAGAAUGAGGAGCCAUAAAAAAAGCUCACCCAGCAGAAGGCAAAGGCAAACCACUGUUGUAAGUUGCCACAUACAUGAUUUCCCAAUAUGUCAGAUCAGCAAGGAGAGAAAGCGUUCACCAACUGGAAAUUCCAGACGUGACUUACCGAUGACAACAACACCAGACUCAGCCACUCGGGGACUCUAAGCCUUCACCAAGCCGUUGACCUUGACAAGGACUUUUUCUUUGUAUAGGUUGUAACAAUAAAUACAUCUGUUGUUUAAAUAUUGUCAUUUGUCAUUUAAAAAAAUUGGAUAGGUAUAUGGACAGGAAAGGAAUGGAGGGUUAUGGGCUGAGUGCAGGUCGGUGGGACUAAAUGAUAGUAAACGUUUUGGCACGGACUAGAAAGGCCAAGGUGGCCUGUUUCCGUGCUGUAAUUGUUAUAUGUUAUAUAUAAUAAUCAACAUCCCAGGACUAACUGUGAUUUGUUGAACAACUCUCAAGUUAGUCUAAGUUAAGUAGUAAAAGUAAAGCAAUGGUAAACCCCAUUGGUGAAGUCCUUCAAAAUCCCAUGGUCAGAUCUCUGUUCUGAACAGUUGUUAAAGUCAAAUGACAAUGUAACAGCAGCGGGGGAAAAUGCAGAAUAAUCAACUGGUUCGGUGCCACAAGUAAGUAUAGAAAAUGUUGGGAACACUCUGCAGGACAGACGGCCUCUCUGGGGAAAGAAACAGUGGGGAGGUACAGGAGGUGGUUAAUGAUCUGCCACUGAGAGUGUUUCUGUAUUUUCAUGGACUUCUGCUCCUGUAAGCCCAUCCACUUUAAGGUUUGACAUGUUGUGCAUCAAGAGAUGAUCUUCUGCACACCACAAUGGUAAUGUGUGGGUAUUUGAGUUACUGUUGCCUUUCUGUCAUCUUGAACCAAUGUGGCCAUUCUUCUCAGACCGCUUCCAUUAACAAGGCAUUUUUGCCCACAGAAUAGCUGCUCGCCAGAUGCUUUUAUUUUUGUGUCAUUCUCUGUAAACCCCUAGAAACUGUAGUGUGUGAAAAUCCCAGGAGAUCAACAAUUUCUAAGAUAGUCAAAGCACCACAUUUGCCACCAACAGUCAUUCCAUGGUCAAAGUCACUGAGGUGAAAUCUCUUCCACAUUCUAAUGGUUGGUCUCAACAACAACUGAACCCUUUGACCAUCUCUGUGGCAUUAUAGGCUGAUUAAUUAUUUGCAUUAACGAGCAGGUGUACAGGCGUACCUUGUAAAGUGUCCGCUGAAUGGUAUUUGUAUAUUAUUGCUCUUUUAUAAGAUGAUAAGACCAUGAGGUAUAGGAGGAAAAUUAGACCAUUUGGCCCAUUGAGUCAGUUCUGCCAUUUCAUCAUAGCUAAUCCAAUUUUUCUCUCAGCCCCAAUAUCCUGCCUCCUUCCCGUAUCCCUUCAUGACCUGACUAUCAAGAACCUAUCAAUCUCUGCCUUGUAUAUACAUAAAGACUUGGUCAACAUAGCCGCUUGUGCUAAAC